CAAUAGCGCCCGCAUUUACAUCCCAUGUAUUGUCUGCGACUAAUUUAUUGAGUUCAAUUUAUAACAUUACAUACUGUAUCGAGCGCAGCUUGAAAUAGACGUAGGAUUUAGCUUCGAUCGUUGUGUUUUGUAAACUAAGAUUCUAGUUAUGAAGAUCUCCGACAGAACUAUAGGCGAAGGCCACCCAGUUUUCAUUAUUGCUGAGAUUGGACAAAACCACCAAGGAUCGUUGGAAAUUGCGAAAGAAAUGAUACUGAAAGCAAAGGAAAUUGGUGUCGACUGUGUAAAGUUCCAAAAAUCUUGCUUAAAUUCAAAGUUCACGCUGGAGGCUUUGAAACGUCCAUACACUGGAUAUAAUUCUUGGGGUGAAACAUAUGGCGAACACAAAGCUUAUCUGGAGUUCUCUGUGGACGAUUAUCGUGAACUGCAACAAUUUUGUUUUGAAAAAGAAAUUUUCUUCAGUGCUUCUGCGAUGGAUCCUGUUUCCUUGAGUCAUUUACUUGAUCUCAAAUUACCGUUCGUCAAGCUAGGUUCAGGGGAUGCGAACAACAUUCCUCUUUUGAGAGAGUCGAUAGCGUCAAAUAUUCCACUGAUUGUAUCCACCGGAAUGCAAACGUGGAGCCAGGUUCAGUGGAUCUAUCGAAAUUUACGGAACCAAUCAGGUGCUAUACUCCAUUGUGUCUCAGCUUAUCCCACGCCACCAUCUGAAGCACUUCUGCGCCUGAUACCCAUCUACAUGGAACGCUUCCCUGAAGUUGUAGUAGGUUACUCUGGGCACGAGAUGGGUAUCCAACUCACCGUCGCAAGUGUGCUCUUGGGAGCGUGUAUUGUUGAACGACACUUCACACUUGAUAAAAGCAGUAAGGGAACCGAUCAUAAGGCAUCCCUUAAUCCCGAAGAGUUCGCUAAAUUAGUUCGAUACAUACGAACGAUAGAACAAUCGGAAAUAAACUGUGAAGUGCAACGCAUUCCAGAUGUGCUGUCGGAGAUAUUAGAUAAAGAAGAUUACGAUCGUGAGGAGCUUCUUCUUGCUUUGCAGUCUACUUCUCCCGAGGACAGGAAAUUACUGAAGUCGGAAAUAGCAUGUCAUGACAAACUUGGUAAGUCACUUGUCUUUUUGAAAAAUAUCUCGGAAGGAAGUAUUCUGAAGGAAGAACACGUCGGUGUUAAGGUGAGCCAACCGCAUGGAUUAUCGCCCACGUUAUACGACCGAGUGAUUGGAAAGAAAGUUAUAAGACGGUGCUGCAAGGACGAACCAAUUUCGACGGGGGACCUUGUGGAUAUGUGAAUUCAUACUUCCAAUUUACCCCAAGCACAGUUGUAUGUUUAAAUUUCCAAUAAAAUGCUUGCAUUUCAACUAUUAAAUGAUAAUUAAUAACAAAAUGAAUUUAAUUUGUAAGAGCGCAUAUUUUGUAGUUUUACAUCAG